UUGAUAAUCCCUGCCCGUCAGGUUACACUUUGAUUCAUUCAUUUUUUAAUCCACAAAAUAAUCCUCCAUUAUUAUCUACUUAAUUAUAAACCCCUAACUAAUAUCUGCUCCCUUGAAACACAGAGCCGCAGGGCCAAAAAUUAAACACAGAGGCCUUUCGACCUUGGUCACCUCCUUCAAUGGCGUCCAUGGCCACCCUUUUCGUCAAAACCCCCUACCCCUCUCACUCUUUCCCCAAAACUUCAACUACCCAUUCCUUCCCGGCACUCAAGCUCUCAACCCAUCUCGGGUCCAAGCCCAGGACCCCCCAGAGGCUCCGAAUUUCAAACGGGUUGAUCGAGCCGGACGGCGGGAAGCUCGUCGAGCUCUUCGUCCAUGAGUCGAAGAAGGGCGAGACGAAGAAAGAGGCGGCGGCGCUGCCCAGGAUCAAGCUUUCAAGGAUCGACCUCCAAUGGGUUCACGUGAUCAGCGAAGGCUGGUCGAGCCCUCUCCGCGGAUUCAUGAGAGAAUCCGAGUUCCUCCAAACUCUUCAUUUCAAUUCGCUCCGACUCGAUGACGGGUCGGUAGUGAAUAUGUCCGUGCCGAUCGUUCUGGCCAUCGACGACGCGCAGAAACGCCGGAUCGGCGAUUCGACCAGAGUCGCGCUUGUCGACUCGGAUGAUAAUCUGAUCGCUAUUUUGAAAGAUAUUGAGAUCUAUAAGCACCAUAAAGAAGAACGGAUUGCCCGCACUUGGGGAACAACUGCCCCUGGUUUGCCUUAUGUUGAUCAAGCCAUAACCAAUGCUGGAAAUUGGCUAAUUGGAGGUGACCUAGAGGUUCUAGAACCUAUAAAGUACAAUGAUGGCCUUGAUCGCUUCCGAUUGUCUCCUACACAACUCCGUGAAGAAUUCACAAAGCGCAAUGCUGACGCUGUAUUUGCGUUUCAGCUGCGAAAUCCUGUCCACAAUGGACAUGCUUUGCUGAUGAAUGAUACCCGUCGUCGGCUUCUUGAGAUGGGUUACAAGAACCCCAUUCUGUUGCUGCAUCCAUUGGGAGGCUAUACAAAGGCAGAUGACGUUCCACUUAGUUGGCGAAUGAAACAACAUGAGAAGGUUCUUGAGGAUGGUGUCCUUGAUCCCCAGACGACUGUUGUUUCCAUUUUCCCCUCUCCCAUGCAUUACGCUGGCCCAACUGAGGUGCAGUGGCAUGCAAAGGCUAGGAUCAAUGCAGGGGCCGACUUUUAUAUUGUUGGUCGGGAUCCUGCAGGUAUGGGUCAUCCAACUGAGAAGAGAGAUCUGUAUGAUGCCGAUCAUGGCAAGAAAGUAUUAAGCAUGGCACCUGGACUGGAGCGACUUAACAUCCUUCCCUUCAAGGUUGCUGCUUAUGAUAAAACUCAAGGCAAAAUGGCAUUUUUUGAUCCCUCGAGGCCUCAAGACUUCCUUUUCAUAUCUGGCACAAAGAUGCGAACACUUGCAAAGAACAAAGAGAACCCUCCUGAAGGAUUCAUGUGCCCUAGUGGCUGGAAGGUGCUAGUUGACUACUAUGACAGUUUGGCUCCUGCAGACAACGGUAAAGUCCCAGAAGCAGUUCCAGCCUAGGUGGAGUUGAUGUAUCAUAUUGUACUUGCACUGUUUGGGAGAUAGCUAAUCUAGUCUCCUCUGUGUGAUCAAGAUUGCGUGAUUAGUCUCCUUUGUGUGAUCAAGAUUUCCUAAGAAUCUCUCACUUGUUUCGAAUAAAAUCGUGUGAGGCACUGGUGCAGAGAAACGAUAAUCGCCUCAACUGUAAUUAGCGUUGUGUAAGUGCAUCUUGCAUCAUUGCAUUUGUGCACUCCCACAGCGCAUUGUAUCAUAUGUGGUUUUUUCUGUAGAAUAUUAGAUUGUGCUAUGCCCUUAAUAUGGCAAAAUAUUCCUCUAUGGUAUGCACUGGUUAUGAUUUAA